CCCGCCAAAAUCCUCACCGAGUAAAACUUCCCUAUACCAAAUGCACACAUUCUUCAGAUCACAAACCUCUCCACUUUUUUGCACUUCAAGCAACCAAAUGAAGAGAACUCAACGCCUCAAGCGGGUCCUCAAAUCCAACGUCGACACAAUCGACCCCAACGACGAUCGCAAAGCUCAAACGCCUUUGCUCACCAAGUCAUCUACCAUUAGGGCCAAACCCAAACUCAAUCCCGAAGUCAAACCUCAAUCCCAGCUUCGAACCCAGUUCGAUUCCGUCUCAUUAACGUCCACCCGUCAUCCACCGAGCCCAACAAUCUUGGCUCGUGAUUUCUACCAAAUUGACGCUCUCGAGCUCGCGCCACUUCUUCUGGGCAAGUACCUCAGGAGGGACGAUGUUGUUCUUCGGAUUACUGAGGUAGAAGCAUAUAGACCAAAUGAUUCAGCUUGUCAUGGUCGGUUUGGCAUCACAGCUAGAACAGCCCCUGUAUUUGGACCUGGGGGGCACGCAUAUGUUUAUCUUUGCUAUGGACUUCAUACCAUGCUCAAUGUUGUGGCAGACAAGGAAGGAGUUGGAGCGGCAGUCUUGAUUCGCUCCUGUGCUCCUGUCAGUGGGCUGGAUACCAUUCAGCAGCGUCGCGGUAUGAAAAGUGAGAAGCCUGUUCUACUCGCUGGCCCUGGAAAGGUUGGUCAAGCACUUGGGAUUUCAACAGAAUGGUCCUCCCAUCCUCUUUUCAUUCCUGGAGGUUUAGAAAUCUUAGAUGGGCCGAAGCCGGAAAAGAUACUGAUUGGUCCUCGUGUGGGCAUUGAGUAUGCUUCACCUGAGCAUAUCAGUGCAUUAUGGAGAUUUGCCAUUGCUGAUACCCCUUGGAUAAGUGCCCCAAGAAGCACCCUCAGACCACAUCCUGAAUCUCCAAUUGUUGGUAGUGACAGUGGGGACGAGGCUGAGCAAGGAAAAAUAAUGGAGAGUAAAAUGCUAAAGAAGAGGAAAACAUAAUAUAUAGAAAUUGUAGAGUAAUUUAAAGAAAGGCAAAUCCAGACAAGGGGAUUCUUAGAAAGGAAGGUCAUAUUGAACUGCAGCAUCUCUGACCUCUUCCAAUUUCAUUGCACCUACCAACAAAGCGAGGUUAUUUGCAUAUAUUCCGAGCCCGCAACCUAAUUCCACUGCCAACCUAGCUAUGGGUGCUGCUUCGUCUUCAUUGACCAUUGGGAUGUGGGCAAAUCAAUGAGACGACCAUUGUCCCUAUUCCAAUGUCUCAUGCUCUGUCUCUCUUUCUAUAGCUUCUAGUUCAAGCACCAAUGGUUGUACUUCUUGAAACCGAAGAAGUGCAACAAUUGAUGUUCCAACAAGAAGAUACAGAAAGAGCAUGAGACAGUUGAAUAAGGAUGGUGGUCAUCUCGUUGAUUGGCUGGACUCAGGCACUUAGCAAUAUAUCCAAAUAACCUGGCUUUGUUCGUAGGUGCACUGACGUUGGAAGAGGUCAGAGAUGCUGCGGUUUAACACGACCUGCCUUUCUUUAGGAUGGAUGAUAUUGGUCUCCCCCGCCUUUCCUUCCUACAUUGUAUCUGAUUUGGAUUGUACAGGAUUUAGUUCUGGGCUGUACAUCAUGACCAUAUACUCUUGAAAAAAAAGUAUAAUCAUUUACUUUUGUGUUGUACAUCAUGACCA